GUUAGUUGCAUUGUUUUUUGCACAUUUCUUUCAAUAUUUUCCUUUAAUUUGAUAGCAACUUCUAAAAGCGCAUCAGCGGCGAUUCGCCCUAGCAGAUCGGCGGCGUCAGCCUUCCGGGCGUCCAGCGCCGGCCUUCCCCACACUCCAUCUGCCGCCGGCGAAUUGACUCGCUCAGAUCUCGCCGCUGCUAUCGGCCCUAAUGUUCCCCAGUGGCAGCAACAUCUCUUCUUCCACUCUGUUCUCUGCAUCCCGCCCCUACUCCUCUUCUACCCAGCUAUAGCCCUCGGGUAGUCCCCCUUGGCUCAACACAAACUCUAUAUAUCUUUAAUGACGCUGAGGAAAACUCCUCUUCCUCGGCUUGUCCUUGACAAUGUCUCUUGCAUGAGAAAUGCACAACAGAUUCUCCGCCAUGUCAAUGCUACUGUUCACGAUGGAUCAGCUCUCGUUCUAUCAGGUACCAAUGGCUCAGGAAAAACUACUUUGCUGCGCAUGUUAGCUGGCUUCAACAAACCAACUGCUGGGCAGGUGCUGUGGAAUGGCCACGACAUCACUAAAUCAGGUGUUUUCCAUCAGUACAAGCUUCAGCUGAACUGGCUCGCACUCAAAGAUGGCAUCAAGGAUAAAUUCACAGUCCUGGACAAUGUUUUAUGGUUCGAGCUUCUCGAAGGAAAGGAAGGGAAUUCACUGCCUGCCCUAGAGCUUAUGGGGCUGGGGAAGCUAGUUAAUGAGAAAGCAAGAAUGCUGUCCAUGGGACAGCGGAAAAGGCUGCAACUUGCGAGGUUACUAGCUAUGGACAGGCCAAUAUGGUUGCUUGAUGAACCUUCAGUCGCGCUGGAUGGUGAAGGCGUGAAGUUGCUCGAGUAUAUCAUCCACGAACAUAGGAAGAAAGGGGGGAUUGUCAUUUGCGCCACGCAUCUUCCUAUUGCAAUGGAGGAUCCCAUGGUUUUGAGGUUGCCACCAAGGUUCCCCAGAAGGAUGACUUUAGUCGACAUGCUCGAUCGCGGUGGACCUGAUUGAAACUUGCAAGAUUUGCAUGUUAUUUUAGUUCAUAAACCUGUAGCUGUGCUCGUGAAAAACUCACGUUCGUGUGCAAUAGCCUGUGAAUUACGUAAGAUUGAUAAACAUUACUUGGAAAACCAGGUGAGUGAGAUUUAAACAUAUGACAUUUAGCCUCAGCGGUAGCUUAUAAAUUCACCCCUAAUGUUCUUAGCUGCAAAAGUUCUUAAUUGUUUUGUGUGCAAUCUCACAAUUCCAUUAAACUGCAUAUCCCUAUCCUUCAGUCAGUCUUGUCUUAUGCCUUUUCACUCCACUCGAGCAUUUGCUUCUUUCACCAUGCUUCGUUAUUGAUUGAAUUAAGUUACACGUUAAUAUAGUGAAUGAGAUCCCUUGCGACGAUGAUCAUUUUAGGCCUAAGGAAGUAGAUCUACUUGUCUUCGCUCGUCAUAGUUCUCAUGAAAUUCCUUUAAGAUUAUGUUGCACUCACUCAUGUUGCUGAAAAUAUUUUUUUGCUAACACUAGUUCUUUGUUUCCAACCCAUUAAGCAGGUCUGCUGCAUUCAGUUUUCUGUGGUUUUUUGACUCUAUACAUAGUUCAUGGUAACUUUUGUAAUAGAAUAUGUUGGUUAUUUCCAGAUCCCAGGAACUAGAGCUAUUCGGUCUGUACUCUCGCAUAUAAAUGAGGGCAUUAUGUUCACCAUGAAA